AUGUUAUACAAUGAAUAUCCUACUGUUAUUAGUAAUUUAGAAAAGAAACUAUCUGAUUCAAAAGAUGAGAAUCAACAUUUAUUAAAUAAAGUUGAAACUUUAACAAAGUUCUAUCAAGAUAAAUCUAUUGAAUUAGAGUCGCAUAUGAAUCAACAAACAAAAACAAAUCAAGAAACCAUUGAAAAGUUGCAAUCAAUGAUAGAAUCAAUCUCUAACGAUUCAAUGUGCCAAUCGGUUGAUCUUCAACACAAAAUAUUGGAUCUAAAAGAACAAAAUGAUGAAUUAUCUGAUUUUAAUAAGAAAUUUUUAGAAAAAGAAAUACAUUAUAAAGAAUUGAUUGAGAUUAAAAUCAAUGAUAUAAAGUCAUUGAAUGAAUCUAAAAGAUUAGCAAGUGAAGAAUUAAUGAAAAAUGAUAUAAAAAUUCAAGAAUUAGAAAAACAAUUAUCCGAACAUUCUAGAUGUCAUUCACAAUUAGAAUCACUCAAGAAGCUAUCUGCCUCUCAAAAACAAAACUAUGAAAAGCAAAUUGAAGAUUUAAAGAAACGAUUAGAUGAAUCAAAUAGUUUGUAUCUUAACAACAAUACAUUGAAUUACAACAACAAAAGACCAGCAACAUCCUCUUCAUUUAUUUCAAAUAGUACAUCUUCUACUUCAUCAAAACUUUUUAAAUAA